UGCAGCCGAAAGCAACGCAACAGCAUCUGUGUUCUCUGCUCGACAGCUACCAUGGCAUCAGCGGCAGUCGCGACAGAAGUAGUAGUUGUUUACCUAUAUACCCUAAAGGUCUUUACGUCCAACCAGAAAAUUUAGUUUCAGUCGAAAACUACCGUCUCUGACUGCACAAGGGUAAAUGUCGUUUUCGGGUUGCUGCUGAUAUUCAACGCCAACCCAUUGUAGUGCGUCGCGCUUUGUUUUUGUUUUUUCUUUCGCUUUUCGCCAAAAGGACGCCAAAAAAAAUCAUUAUCAAGUAAAACACAUGCAUGUGACAAAAUCGAAAUACGCAACUGAAAGUCAAUACAUAAGUCCUUUGUGUAUGUAUACAUACAUUUUUACAAAAAUAAGAACCGAACAAAGUCGUCAAUACAGACUGGUAAAGCUUUAAAGUUUCAACUAACGCCAGUCGCAUAUGAAUAUUAUCUUGUGUUAUUAUAUUUAAAUAUGUACAUACAUACAUACAAACAGUUUUGUGAAAGCCGUCGUUAAUGCGUUAAUAGUGUGAAGUGUAAAACCAGAUUUUCAGUUGUAAUUUGUAAAAAAUCAAAUUCAAAUUCCUACUUCAUUGGUAGCCGAGUGAUCCUGAAAAGGAAUGUGCAAUCAGCGUUUAAUUGCCAAUAUGAAUUAUCAUAUAGUUGCCUUUUUUAGUGCCAUUAGUGUAUCAUAAAAGUUAAUAGCGGAUAUUCUUCGUACCUGUAAUUAUUAUUUACACUCUUAAAAUUGUAAAAGUUCAUCAAAUUAGUUCGUGAAGUUAAAACCAUAUUUACAAAUGCAUAUCCUACAUCGAACCAGUGAUCACCAGUUUGAGGACCAAAAAUUCAUGAUGGAACGCCUCACUAGUCAUGGCAGCUUGGGGUUAUCAAGCAGUAGCCCGGCUUACACUACACAUACGGGUGGCCACAGUGGCCGUGGAGGACCUUCUUCUGGACACGGUAGCCAUGGCAGUACUCACGGAUCCGCAGCAACAAUGCAUCACCAAUCUCUUCAAUCAGAUUUCCAACCGCCCUACUUUCCUCCACCGUUUCAUCAUUCAACUCAAAGUCCGCCCCAACAACAGGUACCUGCAUAUUUACAGAACCAUGGAGCUUUAGAAUAUUUGGGUACAGAUCCAUAUGGACAACCGUUAUCAUCACUGCACCAUGCCCCUUUGCACCACUAUAACCAAUUAGCGGGCUUACGAACAACUCAAGAUCAGCUUGGUAUACACAGAUCUCAUAGAGAAGCGGAGCUACAAGGCCAUGUGGCGCAGCUGUCUCAUGGUUUCCCAUACACAGAUAGACGAGCAGAUUAUGGUAGCACUAUAUCAGGAGGCGCCACACAUGGUGGUAGGCUUGCUCACGAACAUGAUCCCUUAGCUUUGCAUCAAGCACUACAGAAUGCCGUUGAUGAUGUCCAAAAUCCCGGUAUAGAUGACAAUGUCGCGUUUAUGUCAGAUCUACCUCUAAUUAAAAGUAUUAAAAGUGGGAAAGAGCUUGGUAAUAUCGGCUCUGGUUCGCCUAGUGAGGUAUUUUGUGCUGUUCCGGGACGACUUAGCCUUCUAUCCAGCACGUCCAAAUACAAAGUAACAAUUGCUGAAGUUCAACGAAGGUUAUCACCACCAGAAUGUCUAAAUGCGUCUCUACUUGGCGGAGUUCUUCGAAGAGCUAAGAGCAAGAACGGUGGACGCCUACUAAGAGAAAAGCUUGAAAAAAUUGGUUUAAAUUUACCUGCGGGAAGACGAAAGGCUGCCAAUGUCACAUUACUCACGUCCUUAGUAGAGGGCGAAGCUACUCAUCUGGCAAAAGAUUUCCAUUUCGUUUGUGAAACUGAAUUUCCAGCUCGUCAGCUAGCCGAAUACGUCAUUAGACAUCAAACAGAACCCCAAGAAUCAUAUCGCAGGAAAGAACUACUUAUUCAUUCACAGCAGAUAACAAAGGAACUAAUGCAAGUACUUAGUCAAGAUCGCACAACACAAUACGGCACGAGAUCACAACAUUUACUGGAACCUUCUAUGCAGCGUCACCUCACACACUUCUCUCUGAUUACUCAUGGGUUUGGAUCGCCCGCUAUAAUGGCCGUACUGCAUGCUUUCCAGACUUUUCUCAAUGAAUCACUCAACUAUUUAGAUAAAUUAUAUCCUUCAAAUAGUGGCGGCAUGGUGUCCUCCUCGCUGGACAAAAACAAAAUUGAUAGUGACAAGAAAUGAUAGGCCGGGUUUGCUUUAUUUUAUUAAACACAACAAGAAAAACGUUUUAAACGAAAUAAAGUAUAAGUUUAAGUAAAGUAAAUAAAAUAUUAGUUCAUCGAGCGUAAUUUUAAUUUUAAUAUUGAUUAAGCCGUUAUUUUUAUUAUUAAUUCGUAAUGUAUAUGCAUAUGCAGUUAUAAAUAUACUAUUUGUUAAUAAUUACAAUUCUGACACAUACUUAUGUAUAUACUUAUGUAUGUAUGUAUAGAUACAUAUGCAUAAAUAUUCAUUGAAAUACAAAUUAACUGUAGUUUGUUUGUUUUUUGAAAGAGUUUUUGAAGGUAUUUUCCGCACAUACAUAUGUACAUAUACCCGCCAGUUAUAAUAUUUUGCUGCGUAAAAAUUAAAGGAAUAUGAGAAACAACAAUAACAAUUAUUAGUUAAGGUUUUAUAUAACAGAAGUUGUAAAUAGAUUGGUUGAUUGUCUAACUUUAAGACUUCGGUGAAGUUAUCGUCUCAAAACAAGAAGUGUUAAACACAUGCGUUUAUACCUUUCCCUCAUAAAAUGCCUUGAGAAUAUGGUUUAAACGAGUGAUAAAGAGAUGCUCAAAUCUAAUGUCAUUGGAACUGUGAGCGUAAGUCAGUUUCUGAACUUUAAAAGUUAAAAGAGAGAUCGGAUUUGCUACCGCCGUUCUAAAACACUAAUAAACAAUUUAAAACAAUAAAAAUUGGAGAAAACGCGUAAUUAAAAUGUAUUUGACCAAAUGGUUUCUGAUGUGAUGCAUCGUAGUAUUAGUUUUCAAUUGAAAAUGACUAAACCCAUUAAUUAAAUAUUUAAUAACAAGGUUAAAUCACUUGAUGUUGUUGUUGAGUUGUUUUAAUAUACCACAAAAUCGUAAAAAAAAAUAUUUAAAUAGUUUCUCCAUAUAUAAAAUGGCCAACAUAUGUAUAAUGACUUGUAAUCAUAAUAAAUGUUGGGCUUUUAAUUUGAAUAGCCAAACACAAGUAUUUUGUCUGAUCUGGCUGCAAUUCAAAAUGUUUUAAAAAACGCUAAUUUUGAGGCGCACUGGAAUAAGUUGAGCAUCCCUUUAUCGCUGGUUUAAACAUUGUAGGAUGCUCCACUCCUUCAUAUGUUUAAAAAGAACUUGCAAACAGGCGAAAGCACAACAUUCAAAAAACUUCAAACGCUCAUUCCAACGGAUGUUUUUUUAGGCGUGUCGUUCAUUUUUUGACAGCUGUUACUUGAUUUAUACUCAAUUUGAUUUGCCAUUCCAUAAUGAGUAGAUUAACUCCGAAACAACAUUUACAUAUCGUGAAAAUGUAUUACCUAAGUAAUGGUUCGGUUCCGGUGUCCAAUAUUCCGUCGCAAUCACCCAGAGUAGUCGAUUAUUCGAACAAACAUUGAUCGGUUUCGCACCACGUUGACUCAAGUGGAUAACGCGUUUUGCUGCGGUAGAGCAUAGUAUCGAAGAAAGCCCGAAUUCGUCCAUCCGUCAUCACGUGCAACAUUUGGAGUUGUGCCCAUUCACUUUAUGGAAGAUGUUGCGGAAGAAUCUUGGUUUGCGUACUUACAAAAUCCAACUCGCGGAAGAAUUGAAGCCGAACCCCCGUUAAGCUCUUGGCACGUUCGGCGAAUGAGUUGAAAACAAGAUAGCCGCCGCUCCCGAUUUUCGCAAGAAAGUUUUCUUCAGCGAUAAAUCUCACUUUUGAUUGAAUAGGUCGAUUAAUAAACAAAAUUUUCGCAUUUGGUGUGAUUAAAAUCCACAAGCCAUUGUUGAGACGCGUUAAGUUCUUAAACAAACCAAUCUAUGAACAGAGGUAAUCACAGGACCAAAUUUCUUCAAAAUUUAAGCCACCCAAAAGAUUACAAUCAAUAGGGAACGCUAUAGAGUCAUGAUUUAUGACUGAGUGCGCUAACUCUCCUUGUGGGCCUGUGGCGUGGCCACUAAAAUAGUGCGAUUUAACACCACUAUUUAUGGGAACGAGACGAUUUAUGCCUUGGAAGAGAAUAUUCAGCGCGUUAUUGCUGACGUACAGCCCCAACUGCUGCAAAAAGUGGUUGAAAACUGGACCUCUCGAUCUUUGACCUUCGACUCUUGCCUUUAUAAUAAAGUUUUUUUUUUUGAAAACCACAUGUCUCAUAAAAUCAUCAUUUAUUUGUACAUAGUAUUCUGUACCAAUGAAUCUUUAAAUCCGUCUAAUCAGAGUCACUCAACUUAAGCCUCCCUUUUAACGCAUUUAUUUAUUAUAGAAGAAUAUCCCAGUAUUUAAAAUUCAAUGGAGAUUAGUGUCUGCCUUUACAAAACAAAAAUAAAAUAUCUGGCUGGUUAAUUAUAGAUCAAUUCAAUUAUUAAAUGCAAUAAAUUAUUAAAUAAAUAAGACUUGUAUAUAUAUAAUUAUAUAAGUAUGUAAAAAUAAAAUAAAAACAAAGGAAUUAAUGACAAACAAACAGAAAUAAAGGCGCCAUAAGUAAAUUCUAAUA